UCUUUAGUUGCAGCGGGUUAAAGCGCCCUCAUUCGACGACAAACGAUAACGUUAUUCGGAGCAGUGGAACUUUUUCUGUGAACUUGCAUAAUUGACUUUACACUACACUCCUGUUUGUAGUUGAGUCGAUCUACACUCACGUCCACAUCAAAGCGUAGGAAAUGGCAACAUUGGAGCUGGAUCCCGUGUUUGUAAAAGCUCUGGGUUUCCUACGGUCCCGAAGUAAGGACUCCACGGAACAGCUGAAGGCACUGUUAGAUGAAUCACUUGCUGGGACUAACCGAGGACGCUUCAAUAAACAGGACAAAGAAGUUAGCAAGAGGUCAGGUACCAGACAAAAAGAAGAGAAAGCUCCCACCCCAUGCAUCAAGCUAGCAGCCACGGAGGGGUCCAGAAAGGAGGCGGAGAGAAGAGCUGAAAAGAGGGCAGGAGAAAAGUUGAAGACAAGCUCCUCAGACAGUCUGGACCCACCUCAAUCAAAGAAACUACGCUCUGAGAAACGGCGGAAACCGGUCAUAGAAGAUGACGAAGAUGAAGAAGAUGAAGAAGAUGAGGAUGAGAAUGAAGAUGAAGUCGAGGAUGAAUCAGCUGGCACCGAGGACAGCAGCAAGGAGUCAAUGACUGGAGACAGUAACCAUGGCGAUAGUAACCAUGGCAGCACUGAUGCAGACGAUUUUGCCGUGGAAAUGGGCUUGGCCUGCAUUGUGUGCAAGCAGCUGGAGGUGGCAGCUGGGAACCAGUUGGUUGAGUGCCAGGAGUGUCAUAGUCUGUACCACCAGCUGUGUCACAAACCCCCUGCCAGUGAAGCGGAUCCCAAUGACCCCCGUCUUGUGUGGUACUGCAGCCGCUGUACACGCAAUAUGAAGAAACAGGCAACAAAGAAAGUGAAGAACACAGGUUCAACCAGCCAUGUUGCCAAAGAGAGCAGCAGUAAGGACACUGAAGCCAAAUCAGACACUGAGGUACUCAAUAUCUUCAAGAGGGCGGAGCCUAAGUCCACUGCAAAUACAUCAUCAUCCAGUUCUAGCAGUAAGACACCCUACACCGGUUUAGCAAGCUUUGCAGCAAACCUCACUGGACGCUCCACCGCAAACUCCAAAGCGGCCGCAAGCAGCAGCAGCAGGCCCCCUAGCCUCUCCGCCAAGUCAGGACACAAAGCCACCCCUGUGCCUUCCCCUGUAAACAAGAAUGCUCCUCUGUCUGGUUCCAAGAGUCAUGGGUCAACAAAGGUCAGCAGUGGACACUCAGGAAAGAGCGGACCACAGACCAGCACAGCCUCGGCCAUGAAGCGACUACAGCAGAUGAAGAAGAAGGCUUCCUCUAAACGCUGAUGAUGAGUUGUCCUCUAGCCUCAUCAAGAUAUUACUCUUAAGAAUAGAUUUCUUUUUAAGGCAUCCUCAACUCUUGCUGCCGAAUUGAGCAAAACCAUCUAAGCAGCCAAAAUCACUUGCUGUUACUAUUUGCCGCUGGCCAUAUUCGUGUCCAUGGGCAAACCACGUUUCCCUCACCUGCAGGAGUAAUAUGCGAUGGACUUGCAUCUCAUCCAGGAGGAAUACAAAUAUUUGUAGUUGUUUCUAACCAUGGAAACCAGAGAUAAACAACAGCCUGAGGAGCCAUAUUGGCCAGGGACAGAUUUGGCUUUGGUCUUACCAACUGUUUCUGAUGAAAGCGGAACGUGAUCCAACUUGGAAAGUGAAUGACAAAAAUGAAAUUUGUUUUAAGCAUACUUAAUAUUAAAGGAAAUAUACAACAUUUGCUUUUGCUGUAAUUUUCAGAAAUGGAUGGAUUUGGGGGUUAGUAUUUUAUAGCAAAUAUUUUUACACUGUUGUUGGAAAAGCCUGGAAAAAGCAAGAAAUAUAUGCUGUUCUUGUUGUCUGGUUCCCUUGUAUGCUUGCACCCGUUCACAGAUGUGUAAAUGGUUGUGAACAAAAUGUGGACUAAGUAAAUUUGGCAAAUUAAGGGUAGUAUUUGACAAAAUGCCAUUUUUUUUUUCAACGAUGGUAAGCCGACCAUCGUUCAAAACUGAUACAAAAAUUCCACUUUUCUUGAAAAUGACAGCACAUCAGGUGCCCUGAUUUACAGAUGCUUGAAACUAUUAUUCACCGACUUUCAAGUAUUAAAUAUUUCAUAAUAAUUGGGUAGUAUUAUUUUUUUGAUUUGUACUAAUGUUAUAUAUUUCCUUUUAGAAAUUCCCUUUUUAUUGGAUACCCAUCCCAACUUGGAGGAAACUCUUUGUUGUCUUGAAGAAUCUCAUCAUCCUCAGGCUGCUGUUUUCUCUGGCUUCCCAGAAACAACUGAGAAUAUUUCUAUUCCACCUGGAUGGGAUGCAAGUCCAUUGCAGGUUACUCUCUGACAAAUGCUGACAUCCAUUCAUAUUCCUUGGUAGAGAAAGGCAAGUAGGAGCAAAGUGGCUUGCCCGUGGACACAGAUAUGGCCAAUGGCUGGAUUCGAGCCCAAACCCUCUGUGCAUGAGCCACAAACUGUAACCACAAGGCGUACUCCCCCAUGAUGUGUUACAUUAGGCAAUCUCAUUGGUCUAGAAGUGCUAAAGAAAUGUAUUUCAGAAGUUAAUUAAAGACCAAGUAGUGGACCUUCUAAUGUCAUCCUGGUCGUUUCCAUUGUAUUAUCGCCCAUGGGAUCUCACGUAACAUUUAACAACUGUUGACUGCUGUGAUGUGGGAUAUGGCGUUUUUAACAACCAAGGGGUGCAUACAUUUUCGAUCUGUGUGUGUGUAUAGGCUACAUGUACCUAUCUUUUGUGUGAAAUUUCAGGCAAAAAUGUCAGAGUCCACUUUCAUCCCUGCGUCUACAGCUCUGAUAGCAGAAUGACAUACCCUAGAUUAUUGUGCAGCCGGUAGGUGGGUUUGGGCACGAAUAAAAGGUGUAGCGACAUGUUUGUCCUUCCUUUAAUGAAAUUUUGACCAAUCAAUUUGCCGUGAUUUUGUAUGAGACACGAUAACAAAAUAACCAUGAGAAUGUAUUCAAUUGUUUCUUUCUAAAUGCAUACAUAUACGAUUUAUUACGUUAAAGCGUUAGACAUGUUGUAACCUAAGAAAAAGUAAAACAAAAACAUAUUUUACACAAAAGUAA